UCACGUCACUCGCACAUUGAACCUCAAAGCUUCGAAGCAAACCGCGCAAACUCCUGCCCUUCGCUUUUCCUGUAUACCUGCCUUUACCCGCUCACAGCUCUGUCACCCUUUCUUCGAUCUGAGCAUCCUACACUUCCUUCCACUGCGACUUCUACGAUACCAGGUUGCCACGUACAAAGGUCCACCGCUCUGCCCCUCCCCCACCGAGCGUCGUUUGUUGCGCCCGCGUAGACCGACAGCACCACAACACUACAUCCAAAGCUUUAGCAAAGACAGUGCAUUCUUUCGAACGAACUUGGAACUAUUCAGCUUGAUUUACACGUGGUAACCCAUCCGAGGAAGCAGAAGGCGCAACUCAGUCUAACAUGUUCGCGUCCAAACGGCUAGGCAAGGAGCUAUCCAAGAUGCAUGAGAAGCUUCCGCCAGGCAUAACGCUUGUUCAGGCUGACGACUUCCAAACCUGGCUCAUGGACAUCAAAGUCAUGGACUCGAACCCCAUCUACGAAGGCGAAACAUACCGCUUGAAAUUCAGUUUUAGCCCGCAGUAUCCUAUCGAGGCCCCCGAAGUCGUAUUCGUCCGCGAUGAAACUCAUCCGAUACCCUGGCAUCCGCAUAUAUACUCCAACGGCAUCAUCUGUCUCGACCUGCUAGACCGCUCGGGCUGGUCUCCUGUACACAAUGUGGAGAGCGUAUGUGUGAGCUUGCAGAGCAUGCUCACGAGCAACACGAAGAAAGAAAGACCUCAAGGAGACGAGAAUUUCGUAAGGUACAACACCCAGAGACCAAGGGACAUCAGUUUCGUGUUCCACGACGAGAAAGUUUAAGGCUGUGACAAAUUCUGGUUUACAUGGCGGGGUUUUUUUUUUGCAGAAUAAGGGGGCAUUGGUGUAUUAUAGAGUUGGUGUAUGGCGUUUUUUACGGGAUGUGCAGGCUAGGAUGGGAAAGGACUGGGCGUUACAUGAUGACGGUUCCGAGCAUGAAAGCAGAGAAGGCUUGUCAUUUGAUCAAGCCUUCGAUGAAGACAUAGAAAAUUGACAUGCUGGAAACAUUCCAUUACAUAAAGAGUUGCAUUACACACUAUUCCUUACUGGUAUUACAGCUACCAGAAUGAAGUCAAAUUUUUGAUGGAUUCGAAGCAAUCUAGUC